AUCGGGGCUGUAUGUACAGCCCAGACCUGGCCCCUUUGUGUCUAAAGUGACCAGUAAAAAGGCUUUGAUGAAGUUCACAGUAGGCUGCUUUUAAAGCCAAAACAGAAGGCACUGAGAGGGUAGCUCAUACUACCUUUGUCUGACCCCCUUUGCAAGACUGUCCAACAAACAGACUUUCGUGAGAAGUCAAGACACAAGCCCCUGAGAAAAGCUGUUUUAUGCAGCUGGUACCAGGCUGUCCCCUGAAAGCUAUCACAUGGCACCAUGAAAGGUCCUUUUACACCAGGACACAAGACCACAGGGCUGUCUGUAUACCUGACAUCGCCACCCUCACCGCCUUUUAAAAAAGCCUUCUGUGACCAAUAACAGGCCUUUUAAGGACAAUACCUGUCGAGCUCUAGGAGACUGACUUUAAAGUGAGAAUCUAAGGCCACUCAGACUUUUUUAUGUCCUGUAAUUAGGUGGACCAUAGGUCUCGAUUUGCCUGUACUAACCUGUUUGACUUGUCCAGUCAUUAAAUACUAUAUAGAAUCAUAAUUGAGCAGAAGAACUUAUUUUAUAUUAAUACUUCUGCUUAAGGACUGGCCUGCCAUCCACAUAUAAUGCCCAGGUUAGUGCCACCAAUGGCAUCAAGUAUGAUGGCUUCCCUUCUGAAUAGUUUUUAUGUAUCUCUAGGUUUCUUCCUGAGAAGUUAAGCUAUCAUGACUUCAAUAACCUUAGUUAAGUGCCUGCUGUGAACGACACUGCUUGUAACAGGCUCUUGGGAAAUGGAGAGAAAUGAGACAUGUUCUUGCCCUGGUAUUUGAGAGACCGACAUCACCCAUCAGACUGAGCUGGCAGGAACAGUCCCUGUCCGGGACGCCCUGAGGGCACUCCUGCCCCGCACUAAAGAAGAAAUGCAGCUGGACCUCAGUGAGAGAAUGGACAGGAGUGUAGUGACACUGCUGAAGCAAGCCACCGACCUCUUCUAUGGGGGCAGGGUGAGCGAGUGUCUGGAGGCAAGCGAGGCCAUCUGUGACUACUCCUGGGAGAAGCUCAACACCGGGGCCUGGCAGGAUGUGGACAAAGAGUGGCGUCGGGUGUACGCCUUUGGCUGCCUUCUGAAAGUCCUGUGUCUGUGUGAGGCUCCUGGGGAUGCUGCCACUGUGCCCGCAGCCCUGAAAGUCUGUGACAUGGGCCUGCUGAUGGGGGCGGCCAUCCUUGAGGACAUCCUCAUUAAAGUUGCUGCCAUCCUACAGAAGCACCUCUCUGGAAAAAGGCCCAGCCCAGCCCCAGCCCAGGAGCAGCACAGCAUAAAGAAAGCCAGGAAAGAACACGCUUCUGUUCCAGACAUGAGGUCAGAAAGAGCGGUCCCCCGGCUUCACUGCCCAUCCCUGCAGUAUUUCAGGGAGCAUCAUUUGGUUCCAGAGAGGCCUGUGAUCUUGGAAGGUGUGGCCAACCAUUGGCCGUGCAUGAAGAAGUGGAGUGUGCAGUAUAUCCAGGAAAUCGCUGGCUGCCGCACCGUCCCCGUGGAACUUGGCUCCAGGUACACAGAUGAGGAGUGGUCCCAGAGACUGAUGACAGUCAGUGAGUUCAUCAGCAGGUACAUCCUGGGUGAGCCGAAGGACAUCGGGUACCUGGCGCAGCACCAGCUCUUUGACCAGAUCCCAGAGCUGAAGCAGGACAUCAGCGUCCCCGACUACUGUUGCCUGGGUGACGGGGAGGACGAGGACAUCACCAUCAAUGCCUGGUUUGGGCCCCCAGGCACCGUGUCCCCGCUUCACCAGGACCCGCAGCAGAACUUCCUAGUUCAGGUGAUCGGGAGGAAGUACAUCCGGCUGUACUCUCUGCGGGAGUCAGAGGCCUUAUACCCUCACAGUACGCACCUUCUUCACAACACGAGCCAGGUCGACGUGGAGAACCCCGACUUGGAGCGGUUCCCCAAGUUUGCUGAGGCCCCGUUCCUGUCCUGCGUGCUGUGUCCUGGAGAGGUCCUGUUCAUCCCGGCGAAGUGCUGGCACUACGUACGCGCCCUGGACUUGAGCUUCUCGGUCAGCUUCUGGUGGUCAUAGCCCUGGGCGUCCUGUGGCCUUCAGUGCUGGGGCAUCUGUAGCAGCCUGGGCUGAGGUUGGCCCUGGGGUUGAGGCACGUGUUCCUCUGUCACCACAGAGGGUUCUAGAGCUUGGGCAUUGCCACUAUCUUAACCAUUGUGAUCGUCACAUACUUCUUUGUCAUAGUCACACUGCCAUCUCUGGAGAGAGACGGUUUGGCCGUGGUCACGGGAGGGUCCCUAUCGUCUCCUGGACAGCUGACCUCUGCUGCGCAGGUCUGUGGUCUGUGCGGAGGUGUCACCCGCCAGCACAGGACUGUGUGGAUCUUCUGAGCUUGUUCCUAAAGCAAGAAAAGCACCGCAGCACCUAGAAGCCCCCUCGCGCCCCACAAUCUCUAGCCCUCAGGAGUCACUGCUCUCUCAAGAGAGGCUCAGGCUUCAGGCUUCCCAUAAGCGUGUUUCUUUUGACCACUAAGUCUCUCCCCAGACGGAAGAUGGGCGUGUCCCAAAAGCUGGCACGUCAACUACCCCGGCCCUUCUGCUGGGACAGUCAGACCAGUGACAUUUCUGCAGUGUUGUCUCAGUUGGACAACACUCAUCACACCAGUGACCAGGAGGAAAAGCAUAACCUGUUCCAAACCUAUUGUAAAGGCGAUUUUAAAGGCUAAUAAACCUCAAGAAAGUG